AUGCAGACCAACGUACUGGAGCGUAUCCGGGCAUUGGAGGCAGACAUCGAGCGCUGCAUCGACUCCAUCGUCCAGCAAGACCUGUUUGCAGCGUCCAUCGAAAACGAGAGGCACCGCAUUCUGAUCGACCACUUCACUCUGCAGCAGGUUGGAAUGGUCCGUUCCACCGCUGAGAAGCUGCUCGAUGUGUACUUGGACGAGGACGACAUUGUGCAGGUCCAGACUGCGCCGGCGGAGAGCCCAGACGACAUCGCGGCAGCGGUCAAGGAGUUUGAGGCAAAGAUCGCCGACAUCCGCGAGUAUCACCACAUCUACCGCGAUCUUCCACCCGUAAAGGAUGAGCUCGCCGUGCCUAGCCCAAGGCUGCUCGAUGACGUCUUCACCGUCCACGAGCGCUAUGGGGCCUGCUUCGAUAUGGACGCGCACUACAACCGCUACAGUGCGUUUAUGGUGCACACAAAGACGCUGGCGGAGGGGUGUGCUUCGGCGUCGGCGGAGGUAAAGAGGGAGCUGGCCCCGCUGCCGCCAUCCUCAGUUCUCAAGUGGUCGUCGAUGUGGCCUGGUCGAUUGGACUUCUUCAGCUUCAUAAAGGCACUCCCACAGCUGCUGCUACACGAGGUCGAGGCACACCGCAAGGUUCUAGGCUUUGCCCUCUACAGGCCGUUCGUUGCGGAGCUGCUCGCGUACCUGGAGGGCUUCUACCGUCGCAUCCAUCCUCUGAAGCCGGCUGCGUUUGAGCGUCUCAUGGCGGAGGUGGAGAGUGACGCGGAGAAGUACUGGGCCUCACUUGUGGAGGCCAAGGCAGAGGUUACGAGCGUCGCGGCGGCGGCGGCCGCAUCCACAGAGGAUGACCAAGCUGAUGUGCAAGAUGUAGAAGACGAGCGAGUGGAGGACAGGGAGGCAGGCGGCGCUGCAGGGUCGUCGUCCAAGGGCCAAACGGCAGUGCCGGUGCGCAUUGCGGUGGAGAACAAGGUCGCGUGCGGACUUGCAAUCCCGCCAUCGCUGCGGCAGCACGUCAAAAAGUUUAGCCUGUGGCCGUUGCCUUUGAUAGAGAAGCUGAUACAGGACGUGGCGCAGGCGAGCGGCACCUCUGACGGUGCCGCGGCGUCGACGUCAAAGUACCCCACCAGCCUCGCCGACGUGAAGACGGUGUGCAUCAUGGAGGCCAAGGCCGCCGCUCUGCUGCAGUCGCUCCUCUACACCACUUUGGAGACGACCAACAAGUCCCUUUUGCGCGACUACAGCCGAACCUUAGAGGAGCUGGAGAAUGACCGCGAGGUGGCUGAGCAAGAAUUCCUCGACUCAUUGGAGGAGGUGCGCAAGAACUCGGCAGACACGAUGGAAGGUACCGUGGCCCACGCGGCGGAGUAUAACUUGAAGCUCGCUCUCGAGGACAGCAAAGGGAGUCGCCGUGGCCGGCACGGAAAGGCGAAUGCGCCGGCGCCAGUCGUGCCAGCCCCGGCUGCAACAGAGCUGCCGCUAGAGGAGGAAGAGGAGCAGCUGAUCGGUGAGAACGGCGAGCCCAUUCCCCGCUGGCUCGCACAGUUGCACCAGCUGGACAAGAUGUUCCGCUGUGACGUCUGCGGCGGCACUAUCUACAAGGGUCCGAAGGUGUUUCGCGAGCACUUUGGCGCGGAGCGCCACGCGGAGGGUCUGCGCCGCCUCGGCGUGAUGCACCACCUGAAGAGCUACGAAGGUAUCACCUCCAUUCGACAGGUGGUCGAGAUGCGGGAGAGGCUCGCCGGUGGAGAGAGCGGCUUUCGCAAACGACUGCGAGACAACACCGACAACGAGGAAAUCCAGGAUGCUCGCGGUCACGUGGUGACAGCAAAGGAAUAUCUGCGCCUGCAGCAGCGGCGACGCUGA